GAAAGAGGGGAAAGCAAAAAAUUUUCAGGCCCGCAGCGUCCAGUAAAAAAUAUGAGAAAAAAAUUAUAAAAAUUCAGAAAAUAGUUUAAAGUCAAGAAAAAGACAGUAAAAAGGAUGUUAAGGCUCCCGUGAUCCUCAAAAAUGAGAAGUAACACAUUCUGGUCACCAUCAAAAGUGUUUAGUGGAACUGGAUAAGACCACAAGGAAGAGUGCAUUGGUCUUCCAUCAGGUGUGAAUUAGCAAAUGGCCCUUACUAACUGUGUUGAGCAAAUGAAACAAGGGAACCCACCUAAAGCUAAAGCAUUUAGUAGAACUGGGCCAUACGCAAGUGUCCAACGAGGAGGCCUGCCUUAGGCUGCAAUGGCCACGAUCAUACCCGGUGAUUUAGCAGAUGUUAAGGAUACCCAGAAAGUCCUGGCAGCAGCAGGGAGGCAUAAGCGAGGUGAAAGCAAACCCAGAAAAAACUUUCUGUGCCAGCUGUGUGAUAAAGCCUUUAACAGUGUUGAGAAAUUAAAGGUGCAUUCAUAUUCUCACACAGGAGAAAGGCCCUACCCAUGCUCUCAACAAGACUGCACCAAGGCCUUUGUUUCUAAGUACAAGCUGCUAAGGCAUAUGGCUACUCAUUCUCCUGAGAAAACCCACAAGUGUAAUUAUUGUGAGAAAAUGUUUCACCGCAAGGAUCACCUAAAGAAUCACCUUCAUACACAUGACCCAAACAAAGAGGCUUUUAAGUGUGAAGAAUGUGGCAAGAACUACAAUACCAAGCUUGGUUUCAAGCGUCAUUUAGCCUUACAUGCUGCAACCAGUGGUGACCUCACCUGUAAGGUCUGUUUGCAAACGUUUGAAACCACAGGGGUGUUGCUGGCACACCUGAAGACCCACGCUGGUAAGUCUUCAGGUGGGGCCAAAGAAAAGAAGCACCAAUGUGAACACUGUGACCGUCGUUUUUAUACUCGCAAGGAUGUUCGCAGGCACAUGGUGGUGCACACUGGGAGGAAGGACUUUCUCUGCCAAUACUGUGCACAGAGGUUUGGCCGGAAGGACCACCUAACACGUCACAUGAAGAAAAGCCACACGCAAGAACUGCUUAAGGUCAAAACAGAACCACUGGACCUUCUCGAUCCCUUCUCCUGCAACCUUUCUUUACCAAUAAAAGACGAACUGCAUUCAGUGAUGUCCAUAUCUUCUAGUGAACUUGCUUCUAAGCCAUUCGCCAACACUUUGCAGCUAAACAUCUACAACACCCAGAUCCAGUCAAUGCAGAGUGCAGGACCUGCACACCAAAUGGUCACCACAUCCUUGCCUUUCGGAAUGACUUGUCCCUUCGACAUGGAGUCGGCUACUCACCCUCCCCACCAGCUUUCUUUAAAAUAUCAACUUGGUUCUACCUCAUGUGCCAUUUCUAUGCCUGAAAAAGAACAGCCAUUAAAGGGAGAAAUAGAGAGUUAUUUAAUGGAACUAGAAAGCAGUAUGCCAUCUUCAUCACAGGAUACUCAAAGCUCUGCUUCUAAGCUACAAUUGGAACCCCAGAUGGAGGCACUGGAUGACGUACCUGGGGAUGUUUCACUCUCAAAAAGCUCUGCUUCUGCCAGUGACCCUCUUCACUCAUCUUCAUUAGACUUCUCUCAAUUAUUUAAUUUCCUUCCUUUAAAUGGCCCUCUAUAUAACCCGUCUGUUUCAGUUGGAGGCCUGGGAAUAAGUUACACCCAAGAGGAUGCUCUCUCCUCUCUGCCCCAGCUCCCCUCACAGUCCCAAGAGCCACAAGACCCUGGGACCGGUGUGGGCAUAAGCCACUUGCAAGGAUUGCCUUCAGCCUUUACAACCAGCCUAAGCACAACUACCACCCUGCCUCGCUUUCACCAAGCCUUUCAGUAGGAUAUGGGAGUUUCUUACCAGUGGAAAGCUAAUGUAUCUGCCAAACGUAUUUUUUUUAAUAUAUUCGAAAGUAUUUUCAAAAAGCCAAUAAGAAUUGAACUUAAUUUUAGAUUAAAAGUGUAGACUUCUUUGGUGGUAAUGUGGUUUGGUUUUUGAUAACAUCCACAGGUGGUGUUUUGCCUUAUUCUGAGCGAGUGAACUUUACAAGCAGAUUAGUUAAACCAACAGUUUUGAAAAGCUGCCAUUUUAUUUUUAUAAAGGUAAAUUCCAGCCUUUAUUUUUUGGAGAGGUUUCCUGUAAUGGUGAAUGCCCCUAAUGAUAUGUGAUUACGUAACUUAAAUAGUGUUGUAAGUUAUAGUAGGGUCCCCUUUCUUACAAAAGUUUGGUGCAUUAUAACAGUAAGCACGGUUUACAUUUCUAAAUAAACAAACAUAUAGCACUUAGCAAAAGUUCAGGUGUAUGUAUGCUUAAAAAAAUUUCCUGCUAAGCAUUUGCAAUCGUUUUAAAUCCAUCAGUUUAGUGAAAUGUUGAACUGCUUAUAACAUGUAAUGGUACUCAUUGCAAAUUGUAAGCUAUCUAUGCCACUUUGAACUAUAUGUAGACAAAUAUAGAAAUAACACAAAUUCAAAUCCUUAAGCUAACUAAAAAUAAUAUGAAAUGUAUAUUUGCCCAUGUCCGUGGCGAUUCAAUUUAAACAAAGUAUUUUUUCUUAUAUAAAUAACUACUAUUAAAAUGUUUACUGCAGUAUAAACAGCUGGAUGUUUGAAGCGGAUACACCCUGUUUAUCCGAUCUUUGGGUAUUUACUGCAUUGUUAAAAACUUUCAGUAAAUAGCAGUUUCUGCCCUACUGUAUUGAUGAUUAGAAUUGUAUUUACCAGUAAGUCAAGAAUUCCUGUUUUUUUUUUUUUUUUUUAAGUUGCUUGGUUCCCAUGCCAUUUGCCAGUGUCUUGGCCACAGAUAAAGGGAGAAGGGUUUGCAGAUAAGUAACAAAGAAGGACCUCAAACACAACUUUGAACCUCAUUUCACUUUUUGUGUAGUAGCACUGAUCAUGCGAUCAUUCUGUGCUUUUAGUUUAAGUGAAAGAUGUUGGCAAGUUUGUUUUGUUUUGUUUUUUCUGCUUUUUAGUUUGGCCUUAUAGAUCACUGCUAACUUUUUGAAAAGUUUGCAACCUUAAAAUGUUAUGUGGUGAUUAAAAAAAAAAAAAAAAAAAAAACCUUGGGAAAUAAUGUUCUUUAAAAAACAUGAAAAUGAGCCACAUCUGUAGGUUUUAUAGACAUAUAUUAUUGAAUGUUUUUUUUUAAAAAGUUUAUUGUUAAAAUUGGUUUAAAUGUGCUAUAAGUGUAUUUUGUCAAGAGUUUGUGGUUUUACAUUAUUGCUUGAUCAGCCUCCAUAUAAGGCGUAUUUAAAAUAUAGCACUUUGUAAAAUCAGAAUCCUUUUAGAGCAGAACAAAAGCUCUUGAAGGAUUUGCUUUAAGAAAGGUAAUCUUUAUUAUUAACUUGUGUUACAUGCCAUUAGAUUUCAUAUAUUUAGUCAUUUAGAAAGUUAAUCUUUUGUAUAUAAAUGUUUAAAAUUUGUAAGUCUUAUACAGGUACAAUAUUUUUACAGUGUUUUUGCUAUCAGUGUCAUUUUGCUUUACUUGCACAAGACUUCUGUGUCCCUCACUUGAAGCUUUCAAUGUAAUUAAACUACUUUUCAAAUACAUUUAUAUUAAACAUUCACUCUUCUAGAGAAAGCAUGCGGCUCUUAAUACAUUGCAGUAAUUUCAGUAUGCCCUGUUUUGUUAAUCCACCACCACUGUACUUCCAACUUAUCUACUGUAGAAUGUACUUACUUUCCAUCAAAUUCAGUGCAUGGGUCUAUUUUAUGAUUAUGUGGUGAAGUUGGAGUAUAGGUGUAAAAAUAUUGGUCCUGUGACCAUGUAGUUGUAUCCUAUAAUUGUCUUGUUCUGCAUACUGUAAAUAUAGUUUAUGGUGACCUAAUAUUUUACAGAAUGUAAUAUUAAUUGGCUGAAUAAUGACAGAUAAGGUGUUUUAUUUUUUAUUGGUGCUAUCUGCUUGCCCACAUUUGACAAAGGUAAAGAAAAAAAGACUGCAUAACAUUCUUUGACAUUCAGUUAUUUUUCAAGUUUUAAAAUCCAUUCCCCUAAAUCUGUCAGUUUUCAUACUAUUGUCACUUUUACUAAUUGAGUACUACUCCAGAAGUAAUACAAACCCUAGCAGCCCCUGUCUCUUCCCUUGCUGUAUUCCUGCUCUAUUGGUAUUCAGUUCCUCCAGUGCUCUAUAAUUUUACAAAACACUGUAACUUUAAAUGGUUAUAAGUACUUUUAGAAACCUUUGUGUAAGUCUAAAAAAGGGGGGAGCGACUUAUACACCAGUGUGACCUAUAGGCUUUUUCCAGUUGUCUCAAAAAAGGGGGGUGGGGGCGGUUUAUACACCGCUUUUUACUGUACUUGCAAAGGGUUUUAUUUUAAAAUGAACAUACAGGUAUAUACUAUCAGUACUAGAUGUUUAAUUUAAACAUAUGUCAUGCAAAAAAAAGAAUGAAGUAUAUUGGCUACAAAUUAAGUGGAAAGGAAACAAAAACUCAUCUCCAAGGUAAUACAAAUUAAAUUGCAAGCAAGUGUAGGGGAGCAAAUGGUAAUGAGAGUUAGUACAUGGAUUUUAAAACAUGUAACCCUUUCAUCUGAGUGAGAAUUUCACAGCACACCUUUCUUAAAAAAAAAUAUGGUGUUUAACAUGUAAUGUAGAGCCAUUUUGUUCUCCUCUUGUUUUGUGAAAGGGCUUGCAAGCCAAGUGAGAGACACAGAAUUUUGCAACUCAGUAUCUUUCAGUAUAAGCUUCAGUGGUACAAGUAAACCAUAUUGAAUGUGUAUCUUAAACACUCCUGCAAUAUUUUUGUAUUGGAUCAUGCUGCUAAUGCACACUUUAAAACUGCUCCUCAUGGUGCUACAGACCUCUCUUUCUAAACAGGUUUUUAAUUAAAUUGAGCACAGAUACUAUGCUUAACUAUCAUCAUAUACUGUAUUUUUGUACUGUGACUUCUUUUAUUCUUUCAUGGACUUAUUUUUUUUCCUGUACUAUCACAAUGUAUUCUUAUGCACUUAAGAGGAAGCCUGGGGAGUACCUCCUACUGUUCGGGGUGUCUAGGAAGUGGAGUACAUGCUAAAAGCAGUUUUCUGGAAGGGAUGAGACGGGCAUUUGUUUUUAAACAAAUAUGAAAACUUCACCUAGAUGAAACACCUGUUUUGGAGUUUUAAAGAAUGAUUAAGUGAGUUACAUAGGAAUGGAUUUGUAGGAGGGGAAACUGCAUUCCAGAGGAAUUUUAAUAUUCAUCGCAUUUCAAUAAUGCCAUCCUGUGAUAAUGGACUAUUUGCUAAUCAUGCCUAUUUUACUUAAUAUCUGUAUUUAUAAACUACUGUUGU